UUGCACCGAUUGCCUUUGACCUUUCUUCUUUGCUUUGCAGGACUUGAGCGCGUUCCAUUUCCACACGCAUUAUUGAGGACUUCCCAUGCAAUGUAAUGUUCCAGUUUUGCUUACCUUUUGGCUCAGAGGCGACUUUUGAUCUUUCCUCUUCAUCUUCGUUCCUCCUCUCUUCCCUUUCUCGAUCUUCUCUCUGCUCAAAGCUUCACUGCAGGCCAUGGUUUCACUCUGCAGUCUCCCCUUUUUCUUUCUUUCUUUUUCCUUCGUUUUUCUAUUGCGUUUCUCAAACUUCAUUGACGCUCGUCAAGCUCAAGAUUAUGUUUAUCCAACCGCUACGCUUUCAACACGGUGGACGAUUAACGCAACAGCUUGUCACUCCGCCCGAUAUGGAGAUGGAUCGAUCGUGCGGGCAAUUCUACUCCCAGGCAGAGGAGCUUCUAGCCCUGCCUUCGCCUGUGGCUUCUACUGUAAUGAUCGGCGCGACGUUGGAGCUCACGUCCGAAGGCGAUUUGGUGUUGAAAGAUGCUGAUGGUACGGUUGCUUGGUCCACAAACACUUCUGGUAAAUCCGUUGUAGGCUUGAAAUUGACAGAUUUGGGAAACCUCGUGUUGUUUGAUAAGGACAAUGCGACUGUUUGGCAGUCUUUUGAUGAGCCAACCGACUCACUUGUCCCCGGACAAAAGUUGAGGCAGGGGCAAAGAUUGAUGCCGAGUGUUUCCGAGACAAAUUGGACCGUUGACGGUAUGAUUACGCUUUCCGUGAAUGGCAGUGUUUUAUCUGCUCAAGUGGAGACUCAUCCUCCUCAGGUCUAUGUCCAGUUUUCUGCUGUAACCGAGAGUGAAAGGAUCGAGAAUCCAUAUUUUGGGUUUUUAAAUGGAAGCUUGACUUUGUACGUAAAUUCUGCCUUGAAUUCAACCUUAAUUAAGGUCGAUGGAACAUAUUCUAUGCCAUACAUGAAGCUGGGCUCGGAUGGGCAUUUGAGAGUGUAUGGUUGGAUGUCAGCUCUGUGGGGAGAAGUGGCCGAUCUUUUCAGUGUGUCUAUGGGGGACUGUGGCUAUCCGAGAGUGUGUGGGCAAUAUGGAAUUUGCUCCAGUGGGCAAUGUAGUUGUCCGGCUUUGAGUGGGGGGACGAGCUAUUUCCAACAAGUAAAUGAUAGGCAGCCUAAUCUUGGGUGUUCCCAGAUUGUUCCAUUGUCUUGUGGAACUUCACAACAUCAAAGUCUUAUGGAGCUAAAAAAUAUCAUGUAUUUCAGUGUUACGCCAGAUCUCAUGGAUAUAGAUGCUUCAAGUUGUAAAGAGGCCUGCACAAAGAACUGUUCGUGCAAAGCAGCUAUAUUUCGGUAUUAUUCGAAUCGCACUAGCGGCAGGUGUUACUUACCAACUCAGGUGUUUUCACUUAUGAAUGUUGACAAGACUGAGUCUAACUAUACUUCUAUUGCUUACCUUAAAGUACAGAAUGUGGCCACUGAAGCUCCUAAUCAAAAUGGGGCCAAUGAACCUCCUAAUACUUUGGUUGACAAUCAAAGGAGCAGCCGUCUCCCUGUAAUACUUGGGUCCAGCCUCGGAGCUCUCUUUGCGAUGAUGAUUCUCAUCGUAGCCAUAGCUUUGUUUGUUCAGAAGAGAGAUGAUAAUCAAACGGAGGAGGAUUACCUUGAUCAAGUACCAGGAUUGCCUACUAGAUUCACGUAUGAUGAUCUAAAAGCCAUCACAGACGAAUUUAGUAAAAAGCUUGGCGAAGGUGGUUUUGGUUCUGUUUUCGAAGGUACUCUAGGUGACGGCACAAAAGUUGCAGUAAAACGCCUUGAUGGUUUUGGGCAGGUUAAGAAAUCCUUUCUAGCUGAAGUUGAGACUAUCGGCAACAUCCAUCAUGUGAACUUGGUAAGACUCUUGGGAUUUUGCGCUGAGAAAUCCCACAGGCUCCUUAUCUAUGAGUACAUGUCGAAUGGGUCUCUAGAUAGAUGGAUCUUUCACAAAUCCAAUGAAUGUGUUCUCGAGUGGCAACAAAGGAAGAAGAUUAUUCUCGAUAUAGCAAAAGGACUGAAUUAUCUUCAUGAAGAUUGCAGACAGAAAAUAAUUCACUUAGACAUUAAACCCCAAAAUAUCCUUUUGGAUGGGAAUUUUAAUGCUAAGGUUGCUGAUUUUGGAUUAUCCAAGUUGAUAGACAGGGACCAAAGCCAAGUCGUCACAACCAUGAGAGGAACUCCCGGUUAUUUGGCCCCCGAGUGGCUGAGUGCAGCAAUCACUGAAAAGGUCGAUGUGUAUAGCUUUGGCGUGGUAAUCUUGGAGAUAGUGUGUGGGAGAAAAAUCUUCGAUCGCUCUCUAGAUGAAGAAGACAUGCAUUUACUGAGCCUUUUUAAGAGAAAGGCAGAAGAGGAACGAUUGUUGGACAUUGUGGAUAAGUCUAGCGAUGACAUGCAACUAAAUGGACCGCAGGCGGUGAAUAUGACGAGGAUUGCUGCAUGGUGCUUGCAAGGAGACUAUACGAAGAGGCCCUCCAUGUCUAUGGUCGUCAAGGUGUUAGAGGGCGUCGCGGAAGUUCAAGAAGACCUGGAUUACGACUUCUAUGCUCAGCCUUCCAUUGAUGGAGCAGCGAGAUUUGGUCCGAUGGACGUCGAAUUCAGAGCUACCACUGCAUUACUACCCUCAAUCCUAAGCGGUCCACGAUGACUCGACAAACGAAUAAGAACUUUUCUUCCCAAUAUGUCAAGUGGUACAAUCUGCAGGCAAUUGAACUUUUCAGAUGGUGAGGACUUCGGCUCGUCAUUCUCUUUUCAGGCCCGGAAAAAGCAUGUGGCAUGAUAUCAUUUCUCUUUUUCACUUUGCAAAUGAGUGGACUUUGCCAUAACUCGUCAAAAGAUUGACUUGGUUAGGAUGUUGCAUUUAGGUUGUAUUGCUUAUGCAAAAACUAGUAGUGCUCAAGUUUGUUGUGUUUGGGAAAAGAGGGAAUUUGUUGAGUCAUUUGUGUGAAAAGCUGCUAAGACUAGUCAGUUGUUGGUAAUGUCUUUUCGUAGCUUUACUAUGUCGUGGAUCCAAAUCUGAUUUGCUUUUUGGUUCCAACACGCGAUAUCCUUCGGAUUCAAUGA